GUAUAUCCAAAUUUCAAAAGUGAAAAGAAUUAUAAGCAGAAUUAGUGAAAAACUAAUCAUUAAAUUGCUUUAUCGUGUCAUUUUGAUUUUUGUAUGUGUCUUAUUUUAAUACUUUUAUCAUGUCAUUUUUUUUUUUUUAACCAAUAUCAAUUUUUUUGGGACCAUUCUAUAAAAUCGAAACAAAUAUCCAAAUUGCUGGGAUGAAGACCUUUCCUCCAUCAAAACAUUUCUUUUUCAUCUGAAACAAAUCUGGAGGAAUUUUUAUUUUUAUUUUGAGGGCACUUUAAGUGAUGUUAGCAAAUGCCAGGUUGAGAAAACUAUUGGUCUUGUUGGAUUUUUUUUUUGGGGGGGUCAACUGCAUAGCAAAAGAAAAUAGUCAGAUCAGAGUUUCCAUAGACUUUAGUAACAAAUUUAUCAAAUAACCGUCUAAGGAAACAUGGGUUUCAUUUAGAUUUCAAAGAUUUGUUUUCAAAGUUCUUCAAGCCAAAAAAAAAAAAAAAAAAAAAAAAACAACAGCACCCCAGUUCAGUGAUUUCAAAAUUUCAGUGGACUUCCAAUCAAAUUCUGGAUCCCCAUUACAGGAAACAUUGAUCUGUGAAAUGGGUGGUUGUUGUUUUCAAUAUAUCCAGCUCAGAAAGUGAAAAAUUCUGUGGAAACUCUAAUUUCUGAGCUGGGUAGUUGUUGGUUUCUUGAAAAUUUUCCCGGUAAAGUGAGUGAUGGUGGAGGAAGAGGAACUUCCAAUUAAUGGCGAAUCUGUGGAGGAAAAUGAACCCGAAGGAGGAGGGAGCUGUGGUUGUUUCUGGGCUCCAAUCCAUUGGUUCAAAAUGCUUGCCAUGGAAAUGCAUUGGACUUUUGUUUUCGGAGUUGUGGUUGUUUAUGGGAUGAGUCAGGGAUUGGGUGGAGCUCUGAUUCGGGUCGCCAUGGAGUACUACAUGAAGGAUGUGCAGAAGGUACAGCCUUCUGAAUCUCAGGUCUACUCUGGAAUAACCAACUUUCCUUGGAUCAUCAAGCCUAUUUGGGGCCUCCUCACUGAUGUUGUUCCUGUUUUCGGGCAUCGGAGGAGACCUUACUUCAUUUUUGCAGGCGUUCUUGGUGUGAUUUCCAUGCUCUUUAUAUCAAUGCACGAGAAGCUGCAUAUCGUAUUAGCGCUGUUGUCUUUAACAGCAGGAAGUGCUGGGGUUGCAAUAGCGGAUGUCACAGUUGAUGCAUGUGUGGCACAGAACAGUGGUACUCAUCCUUCUCUCGCAGCUGACAUACAAAGCUUAUGCGCUUUGAGUUCCUCUCUUGGAGCACUAGUGGGAUUCUUUUUAAGUGGCAUCUUUGUUCACUUAAUUGGCCCAAAGGGGGUGUUUGGCUUGCUGAUAAUCCCAUUUGGACUUAUACUUCUAGUUGGAACUGUGCUCAAGGAACCCCACACGCCAAACUUUGAUUACAGACAGGUAAACCAGAAGUUUCUUGAUGCUGCUAAGGCUAUGUGGACAACGUUAAAAUUCCCAAAUGUGUGGAGGCCAUGUGUAUAUAUGUACUCAUCGAUUGCAUUGAGUUUGAAUAUCCAUGAAGGGAUGUUCUAUUGGUACACCGACUCAAAGGCUGGACCAUCUUUCUCCCAGGAGGCUGUUGGUUACAUUCUAUCAAUCAGUUCAGUUGGCGCGCUUUUGGGGGCAAUCCUAUAUCAGAAUAGUCUAAAAAACUAUCCUUUUAGGGAUCUGCUCUUCUGGCCUCAGCUGAUAUCUGGCAUGUCCGGGAUGCUGGAUUUGAUGCUCGUGCUACGCUUAAACUUGAAAUUUGGCAUACCUGAUUAUUUCUUUGUGGUGAUCGAUGGAAGUGUUGGUCAAUUGAUUGGACAGCUUAAAUGGAUGCCGCUUCUUGUCCUCAGUUCUAAGCUCUGUCCUCCCGGCAUUGAAGGCACUUUCUUUGCCUUGCUCAUGUCAAUUGAUAACUUUGGCAUUCUCUCAUCUUCAUGGGGAGGAGGCUUUCUGCUGCAUAUCUUGAAGGUCACUCGAACACGGUUUGAUAAACUCUGGCUGGCCAUUUUGGUCCGAAACAUCUUGAGAGUUGCUCCUCUUUGUCUGCUUUUUUUGGUGCCCAGAAGCGAUCCCAACUCUCUGAUUCUUCCACCUGAUAUACUGAGUAUGAAAGAAGGUACUACUGCAGCUGCGGAAACUGAAAAUGUUGAACUUGUCGCCCUUGUUACUAAUGGCGAUGGAAGAUAGCCUUAGGAAACAUCAUUAUCAAAUAAUUAUAGUACUCAACAUUGAAGGCGGAAAAUAUAAAAGAAAAAGAUAACCAAGCCAAGAUUAUAUUUGGGAGGGAAAUCCAGAAAUUUUGCUGGAAAAGUUCUAUAACGUUGAUUGUCAUUUGUUCCUUUAGAGUUUACAUCUUUCUUUAUUUUUUAUUUAUUUUUAUUUUUAAAUUUUAACUUAUUUUUAGAAUUCAUGUACCGAUCCCUCAAGAAAAGGCUUUGAUUGUUGUUGUAGUAGUAGUAUUUUUAACUUCUUUUUACUGUUCUUGUACACUGUUGAGUACAUGUAAAGGAAGAAAACGCAAUAGAUGUUAUGAUAAACAAAUAAAGUUGUAGUUCUGAUUUA